UGCAAACAUCGUCAGAAUCAAAUAGCGAAACAGAUAAUAAAGAAAGCGUUAGAAAUAUGUUAUUAGCAUCUACAAGUACAAGCGACAAUAAUCAAUCGGCAUCAACGACGGCUGCAACAAUAACCGCUGCAAUGAUCCAAGAAAAUAUACAAAAAUCAAUACAAAAUUUUGCAAUAUCAUUGCAAAAUGCAAUGAUGAAUUCGCUAUCUCAAGCGGCAUUGCUGCCUCCAAAUUCUGCUGCCGCAGCGGCAUUAAAUUUACAAGCAUUAGAAUCGUAUUUGACAUUACAACGUUUACAAACAGUAUCCGCAGCAGCGGUAACCGUACAAAAUAAUUCAAAUAAAUUAGAUAUUUUAAAAUUAGCAACGACAACUGCAAAAAUUAAUUCUGACGACUUAUCAAAUACGACGACAUCUUCACCAUCGGAACAAAUAUUAGAAACAACGAACUUACGUGAAGAUAUUGAUUUAAGUGAAGAAGUUGAAGAUGACCUAGCAUUGUUAGAUGAUGAAACCGAUGAACCAGAUUAUAAUCAAAAAUCAUCCAAUUUAGAUGCGAACUAUUCUAGUUUAAUUUUAAAUUCAUUAUAUCAAAUUUCAUCGUCAUCCUCAGGAAAUAACAAUAAUAAUGACACAGUUAUUGCGUCAUCAUCUGCGUCAUCAUCGGCAGUGUCGUCAUUAAUUAAUAAUACAACAAAUAAUACGUCAUCAUCGUCGACAACAAAACAAAAAAGUAGUGGGAGUAAUGGUGGAAAUAUUACAGGAAGUACUUCCAGGCCAAAGAAACAAUUUAUAUGUAAAUUUUGUAAUCGACAAUUUACAAAAUCAUAUAAUUUAUUAAUACACGAACGUACCCAUACAGAUGAGCGGCCGUAUUCAUGUGAUAUUUGUGGAAAAGCAUUUCGACGACAGGAUCAUUUACGUGAUCAUAGAUAUAUUCAUUCAAAGGAGAAGCCGUUUAAAUGUACUGAAUGUGGUAAAGGGUUCUGUCAAUCGCGUACUUUGGCUGUUCAUAAAAUUUUACAUAUGGAAGAAUCGCCACAUAAAUGUCCUGUUUGUGCACGCAGUUUCAAUCAACGUUCAAAUUUAAAGACUCAUUUAUUAACGCAUACUGAUAUUAAACCGUAUAAUUGUUCUGCAUGUGGGAAAGUAUUUCGACGAAAUUGCGAUCUACGACGUCAUAGUUUAACACAUAAUAUUGGGGCAACCGCAUCGACUACAACUAGCAGUACAGCUUCUUCAUCGUCAUCUUCAACUAUUACUUCGCCAGUUUCAACUGUCUCACCAUUAAUUAAUUUUGAUACGCUAAUUCAAACUGCAGCAAAAUGAAGAAUGAAAAUUGGCAAAUAAAAGUGAAGUUUCCCCACCCCCCUAAAGUACU